GGGCUGCUCCUGUGGUCACUCUUGUGUCACCUGCACAGAUGCUCCCGCAGGUGGGACAGCACAAGGUGUCCCAGUGGCCCUGCACCAGCACAGGUCUGCUUUGGGACACCUGCACAGCUCGUUUGGGGCUGUGGCUGAAGCCUGCACUGGGUACAGUCCUGGGAGGGUAAAGCAACAUGGGAGCUGGCACAUCCACGGGUGGGGGCAACUCUGGUUCCUUUGUGGUUUUGGAGCAGCUCUCCAGAGGUGAUCAUUUUCACUCAUCGAGGGCUGGAGGGGCACAGAGCAUCACUGGGAAUGGGCACCAAGAGGGAGGCCAUGCCACUUCGGCAGCCACAGUGCAGGGUGGUGAGACGGGAAGGCAGUAUUCAUGGGGACUGGCUGGGAGACGGGCACUGGGCUCCGCAGCACCCUGGUGCCACAGUGUGGGGUGGCACAUGGAUGUUACCUGAAGGACGGCAAUUAUUUUAUAUUAAAUAAAGCAAUGCUGUUCUGGCUCAGCACCAGCACUGUCUGUGAAGAGGAAAUGCCACGUUUCAAUGCGAGAGAGACGGCAGCUCCCAGUUGUGUGCACACUGGCCUAGUUUCUGAUGUCAACAGCCCAAGCCCCCCAGCCCUGGCUGGACCCACGCAGCCCAUGCCAAGCGUGCCAGCCCUUUGCGGCCACUGCAGGACAGCGACAGGGGUACACGUGAGCCAGCAGGACUUAAGCCUGUGCACAAACUAUCAGCAUCUGCUCACCACUCCUUGUUGCUGUGGCUCCACACGCCCAGACAGCAAAGCUCCGCUUAAACCCGGGUGGCGGGUCCCUGUCCCCGGAUCCCCGGCGCAGCUCAGCCCGGCGCCGGGGCAGCUCCGGUGUGGCUCCGGUGCGGCUCCGGUGUGGCUCCAGCACCACCCAGCGCCCGCCGCGCCGCACGGACCCGCGGGGGGACCCGCUGAGCCUCCCCGGGGACACCCCAUCUCCACGGCCCUGCCUGCCUUGGUGUCCCCCCCGCGCCCGCGAUGCGGCCACCAAAAGCGCGAUGGCUUUAGGGGUGCGCAGUGGGUGACAUGCUCAGGGUCCCACCCGUGGGUCCGGGCACCCCGGGCAGUCCCUCCCCCGCCCAGCGGCUCUGCUGAGCGCUGGGAACCGCAGCCGGGAACGAGAGGGCAGGGAAAAUCGGGCUUUCCACCGCACCGCACCGGCUUCGGCCCCGGCUGUCCCGGUUGUUCUCGUGUCCCGGCUGUUCCAGCUGUCCCAGUGUCCCGUGGGUCCCCGCUGUCCCGGGGGUCCCGGCCGGGCGGUGCUCCGCAGACCCCCCCGCCCCGCCGGGACGGCCCCCUCGGGCGGGGGCAGCGGGGGCGGCCCCGCACACCUGGAACACGGCGCUAAGCCCCGGCCCCCCGUUUCCUGCCCGCGCUCCUCCCCCGGCUCCCCCGGGCCCCGCACGGCCAAAGCCGCCCGGCCCGACCCGGCCACUCAUACCCAGCGCGGCCCGAGCCCGGCGGGACGUGCCGGAGCGGAGGAGAGGCACGAGAUUCCCUAGAAGAUGGGCGACUGGGGUUUCCUAGAGAAACUUCUGGACCAGGUCCAGGAGCACUCGACUGUGAUCGGGAAGAUCUGGCUCACCGUGCUCUUCAUCUUCCGCAUCCUCAUCCUGGGCUUGGCUGGGGAGUCCGUCUGGGGGGACGAGCAGUCGGAUUUUGUGUGCAACACCAAGCAGCCGGGCUGCACCAAUGUCUGCUAUGACAAAGCUUUCCCCAUCUCCCACAUCCGCUACUGGGUGCUCCAGUUCCUCUUUGUCAGUACCCCAACCCUGAUUUACCUCGGCCACGUUGUCUAUCUCUCCCGGAAGGAGGAGAAGCUGAAGCAACAGGAGAGCGAGCUUCGGGCUAUUCACAGCAAGGACCCGAAGAUCGAGCAGGCCCUGGCAGCCGUGGAGAAGAAGAUGUCCAAGAUCUAUGUGACUGAGGACGGGCGGCUCAAGAUUCGAGGGGCGCUGAUGUGGACGUACAUCAUCAGUGUGAUCUGCAAGAGCAUCUUUGAGGCUGGCUUCCUCGUUGGCCAGUGGUACCUGUACGGCUUCUCCAUGGUGCCCCGCUACGUGUGCAAGAGGGACCCCUGUCCCCAUCAGGUGGACUGCUUUAUUUCCCGCCCCACUGAGAAGAGCAUCUUCAUCAUCUUCAUGCUGGUGAUGGGGCUGGUCUCCUUAGUCCUGAACCUCCUGGAGCUUUUCCAUCUCUGCUGCAAGAACCUGCUCAGCAACGUGAAGAAGGUGCCGGUGCCAGCUGGCCCGAGCCCGGACACCUUUGCCGAUGACAUGGCCUCAGGUCCCUACGUGCCCAAACACUACCCCUUCCUGCCCAUGGCCGAGAGCCACACAACAUCCUACCAGGCCUACAACAAGCUCUCCAGCGAGCAGAACUGGGCCAACCUCCACAACGAGGAGAACCUCGCGCUGGUUGGUGGCAGCAGAGCCCUGUCCAACCCCUAUAGCCCCAGGGAUGCCAAUGCCCCCACCCCAGAGGAGAAGCUGUGCAGCCGGCCCGGGAGCUCAGCCUCCAAAAAGCAGUAUGUCUAGUGCUGGGCUGGCCCUGGCUGGCUGAGGGGACCGUCCUCGGUCCCUUGUGCCUGCAGAGGUGCUGGCUGCAGGCAGGCAGCUGCCUCCUGCCCGUAUGGACAAGCUGCGCCCACAGAGACCAGCCUGCCCCUGGGACACGAUGCUCGGGAGCGGAGCCUCCACUCUCUCCUGUUUUCCCCACAGACCCUGCAAGGAAGGAAACUGCAGAAAGUUCCCCGGGACGGGCUGUCCUGCACUGCCGUGGGAAAGGGACAAAUCCCUGGGGCCAUGUGGCUGGGAACAGGCUGUCCCUGAGGCUGCUGCACCUCACGGGCCGCGGCUUGGCCGGACCCUGGGGCUUGCCAGAGCCCAUGCCGGGGUGAGAGCCGGGCGUGCGGCCGUGGGAAGCCACUUGCCUCCAGCCUCGGCACGGAGCGGGCUGAGCCCCGUGGGGCUGGGGCAGCGCUGCCGGAUGGGUACUGGCCACCAGCCCCGUCCUGUUCCCAUGACCCUGUUACAGAUCCAGCGGGGCCAGCGGCUCCUGUGCAGGGGUUCCUGCAGGAGCUGCCCCCUUCCCCUUGGAGCACGGGAGGGUUAAGCCAGAGGCAGCUCUCGGCCAGGGCUCUGCGGUGACCAGCACAUCCCGAUGGCUGCAGGGUCACUGCUCCGGUGACCCAGGAGUGUGACUCCCCCCUCGUCUACUGGCCCUGGGCCCAUUCCCAUGUCAUGUGUGUCUCUAAGUUAUUUUUAACCUGCUGGCCUGAGCAAGGAGCUUUCUGCCUUAAAGGUGCAGUUAUGCAGGGGAUCUGGGGAGCCAUGGCCAGGCACCCCUGAGCCCUGUGUUUCUUUGGGGAGGAAUUACCCCAGCAAUGGCUGGAUUGGGGGGGGUUAUUGGUUUUAUUACUUUGCACUAGUCAUCUCCUGCUGUGGGCUGAGGUGCCGGGGGGAUGGAAGAACCAACUGCUGCCACAUGAGCAGUCACCACGACCUCCCCAGCCCGUGGAUGCUGUGAAAGGGGAAGGUCCUGCUGUGACCAAGGGGCUGUGGGUCCUGCAUGACCCGGGUGUGAGUGUGGGCACUGCCCUCAGUGCCGGUUCCUUUCCCCCGUCAGACUCAGCGUUGCAUCUUGUUGAAUAAAGUUGGAUGAAUGACAAAA